AUGUCUUACACCCUCGCCGACGCCACCCUCCCCCAACUCAAGGCCGCCCUCAACGCCCUCACCGGCAUCCUCGCCAAGGUCAAGACCCACGCCGAGGAGAACUCCAUCUCCUCGACGACGUCGUCGGCUGGAAGCUCGCCGAGGACAUGCUCCCCUGUCCUUCCAAGUCUACAUCGUCUGCGACGCCGCCGCCAAGUUCGUCGCCCGCUCCUCCGGCGCCGAACCCCCGUCUACUCCCGCGACGACACCAACUCCUUCCCCGCCUUCGAGGCCCUCAUCGCCCAGGCCAAGGCUGCCGUCGAGGGUGCCGACGCUGCCCUCAUCGCCGCCAACGCCGACACCGAGGUCCCCGUCAACCUCGGCCCCGACAGGAAGGUCAACAUGGCCGCCAAGGGCUACGCCGAGGGCUACACCCUGCCCAACGUCUACUUCCACCUCAUGACCACGUACAGCAUUGCCAGGUCCAAGGGUGUCCCUCUCGGAAAGAUGGAUUACCUCGUCCCCUUCAUCGGCAAGUGGGUUGGCAUGUAA